AAUUUUUUGGGUAUACUUCGCGGUGACGAGGAAUUAGUCAAGAAAGGCAAACGAGUGCUUAAAAGCGGUCCAAACGAUCGCAUGACCAUGGAGCACCAGGCUAGCUCAAUGUUUGAGAAUCUAUUGCCAAACAACAUCAGCGUAUACGCCAUGACUGCCACCCGACCCGAUGAGCUUGGUUGGUCCACGCCUUGCAUGGAAGACGAACCAUUUAAAUUCGCGGCCGAUUGGCUUAGCGAUACAGAGAAUCAUGACUUGACCAAGGAGUCUAUUGCCGCCCAGUAUGAUUACAUAGCGCACAGGUAUACUAAUCAGCAUGCACAACAAUAUGGUGAUUUGUCAAUAGCGGGCGAACACUUAUCUAAUUAUUUUGGUGAUAAACAAAUUUCUAUUAGUGCGGGUUAUAAAGAGUCUAAUCAAUUAGUAAAUUCAGUGCCGAUACCGGAUAUACCAUUAUAUUUGGCUCAGCGUAUGAUUGAAAACACUAAUGAAUUGGGAUUAAAACAAAGAUAUGCGAAUGAAUUGGAGGUAUUGUUAGGAAAUCGGGAAUUAAUGGACAAACAGAUCGAGGAAUACGUGAAUUCAUUGCCGGGAAUUGAGGCCAAUGUUGUACUCAAUAGUAAACUACAGAUCAAUAACAGAAAGUGUUACCACAAACUCGUUGACACUUUUCACAACAAGUGCUAUACUUUAGGCCAAAAUACGUAUGCAAUCAGUAAAAUGCAAAUAUUUGUGAAUAUAUGCGAAGAAAUGCGUGAAUCGAGUGAUGCGGACAUCAAUGCUGUCAACCAAUUGCUGAUACAAUACUGCGAUACUAUUGUCAAACCAAUUGAAUUUAUUAUUUAA